UUGCUUGCUGCUUAGUGUGCUCAAAAUGAUGACUUACCGUUUAUCGGGAGGAUGGAUCUUGAUACUAUUUGGUUUGCUUGCUGCCGCAACGGACUGCGCUAAGACGCAGAAGUAUCGAGAGAUACUAUCCCGCAUUCGUCCAGUGGUGCGAAACUCCUACAGCACCAUUUGCCCUACACCGUAUUUCCCGAACGGGAUGAUUCGGAUCCGUUUGGGAGGAAAGUUUCUCCUUUUCGAGUGUCUCGACGGAUUCACUUUGAUCGGUGAGAAAUAUUUGCUCUGCAGGGAUGGUCGUUGGGGUUCACCGGCACCCAUGUGUAUUAAGUCAGGUUGUGUGGAUCUCCCUGAUGUUGAAAAUGGAUUCAUAUUCUAUGAGAAUGACAAAGCAGCGGCCACAGUGUUCUGUAACAGUGAGUAUCAAGCGCUAGGAUCGCUAUAUAGCUAUUGCAAUGGGACCCAUUGGGAUCGAACAAUAGGGAAGUGUCGGCGGACGAAUAGCUUAGUUUCGACCAGUUGCGACUUCGAAGUGAUUGAUUGGUGCGGAUGGACAAAUGAGGGUUUGCAUAUCCUUGGUUGGAAGCGAGUUACUGGCAUGGUAUCAACGCGGGCAUUGAAGACAGGUCCUAAACAGGAUCACACAACAGGAGUUCCCCUAGACGGUCACUUUCUGAUCGCAGAUUCUACCGAGCACUUUACUAAUGAUGCUGUCCGGUUGAUAUCUCCUAUUUACACAGCAAAUUAUAGCUUGAGCAGCUGUUUCCGCUUUUUCUAUCACAUGUACGGAGAGUCUGUUGGUACGCUCGCGGUCUAUCUUAAACCGGAAUCAACAAUACCGUCGCAGGAACAAAUUCUGUUCUCCAUAUCAGGUAAUCAAGGUAACGAAUGGAAGGAAGGCUACUUCGAUUUACCAGAGCAAGCUGUGAGUUUCCAAAUAGUCUUCAAAGCAUCAUUGGGAAUGCGUUUCAGGAGUGACAUAGCAAUCGAUGAUGUUGAAUUGGAAAGUGGCGAACAGUGUGUUACGAGUCAACGUUCAACUUCGGUGCCUACUGUGACUGAUGUUGAUGAAGUAUUUGGAAUCGGGACUUGUAAUAAUCGCUGUGGAAAGAAUGAUUCCAUUUCUCAAUCCGUACUAACACAGUGCAGCUGCAUUGAUCAAUGCAUGGAUAAUCAAUCAUGCUGUCCGGACUUUGUGGAACGAUGCCUAUUGAAUGUUCUUGAUGAAAAAAAUGUGACUCUGAAGUUAGUCCACUCGUCAAGUAGUGUUUAUUCAUAUACGGAAAACUCGAGUGAAUCUUAUACAUCAACUGACCGUUUCGAAUUUGAGUCAUCAACCGAAAAAGCGAAUGUGCAUUCCGACGGGCUUCAAAUAUCCUUAGGAAUGAUAGCUUUGGGAGUUUUGAUUUUAAUAGCUGGCAUCACAUUGAUCGUAAGGGCAAAGGCGACAGGCUGCAUGAAGUCUAAAUUUAAAGAACGUCAAAUAGAUGCUCUAGAAUCUGUAGAAUUUCUCACAGCUGGUGAGGAUAUAAAUGAGAGUGUAUUGGAUGAAUUGGUACGAAGUUAAAAUAAAAUAGUGAGAAACAAAUAACGGUUGAACAUAUCAGUAACCAUACUA